GGAUGAACAAAAAGCCCCAAGACAAGGACAACACUUAUGAGCAAGGAAGGUAACACAGCAACGAGCAGACAGAUGGACAGCUUGGAUACUGUGAAAAGCAAUCGCAGGGAGCAGACUGUUGGGGGAUGUGCGCAUGUUCGAUAGCAUCUUUUUUGCUGAAGUGAUGGCGUGCCAAAACUAUUUUCUGUGGGUAUAAUCCUCGCACCAUAAAUGGCCUGACCAAGGAAGUGAGCCAUUUGGAGACAGUUACUCGACAUGAACAAAAGAAAAUGAAUACCAAAGAAUAGCAGCGGAUUCAAAAGUGAUCGGAAAAGCAUUUUGCUUGGCCAUUGUCUCAUAUCCCAUCAUUGGAUUCUUACAACAUGCUUCAGUGGAGAAGACGACACUGCUGCUUUGCAAAGAUGACCUGGAAUACCAAAAGGUCUCUCUUUCGCACCCAUCUCAUUGGCCUGAUCUCUCUCGUGUUUCUUUUUGCAAUGUUUCUGUUCUUUAAUCACCACGACUGGCUGCCAGGCAGGGCUGGAUUCAAAGAAAAUCCUAUGGCUUACACUAUACGAGGAUUUAGAUCUACAAAAAGCGAGACAAACCACAGCUCUCUAAGGAACGUGUGGAAAGACGCCGUACCUCAGACGCUCAGGCCUCAAACAGUCACCAACUCCAACAACACAGACCUGUCACCACAAGAAGUAACUGGUUUGGAAAAUACACUCAGCGCCAACGGAAGUAUUUACAACGAGAAAGGUAUGGGGCAUCCAACUUCGUAUCAUUUCAAAUACAUCAUCAACGAGCCUGAGAAAUGCCAGGAGAAGACCCCUUUUCUAAUAUUGCUCAUAGCUGCAGAGCCAGGCCAGGUGGAAGCUAGACAAGCUAUUCGACAAACUUGGGGUAACGAAAGCCUGACACCUGGCAUCCAAAUUGUUCGUAUUUUUUUGCUGGGGUUAAGCAUCAAGAUAAAUGGAUACCUCCAGCGUACCAUACUAGAGGAAAGCAGGCAGUACCACGACAUCAUUCAACAAGAAUACUUAGACACCUACUAUAACUUAACCAUUAAAACUCUGAUGGGAAUGAACUGGGUUGCAUCCUACUGUCCACAUGUUCCAUACGUUAUGAAAACUGACAGCGAUAUGUUUGUCAAUACUGAGUAUUUAAUACACAAGCUUCUGAAACCAGAACUUCCUCCAAGGCACAAGUAUUUUACAGGUUAUUUAAUGAGAGGUUAUGCACCUAAUAGGAACAAGGAUAGUAAGUGGUAUAUGCCACCUGAUUUGUAUCCAAGUGAACGUUAUCCUGUAUUCUGCUCUGGAACUGGUUACGUUUUUUCUGGAGAUUUAGCAGAAAAAAUAUUUAAAGUCUCCCUAAGCAUCAGACGUUUACAUUUAGAGGAUGUAUACGUGGGGAUCUGUCUUGCCAAGCUGCGAAUUGACCCUAUGCCUCCACCCAAUGAGUUUGUCUUCAAUCACUGGCGAGUUUCUUACUCCAGCUGUAAAUAUAGCCACCUAAUUACCUCCCAUCAGUUCCAACCUAGUGAACUGAUCAAAUACUGGAACCACUUACAACAAAAUAAGCACAACGCCUGUGCCAAUGCAGCGAAAGAAAAAGCAGGCAGGUAUCGCCAUCGUAAACUGCACUGAAAGGACAACACUCCCUCUCUCAAAUGUACUCCAUGUGCAAUUUGUAAAUACCGCUGAACGCAUGUACAGUGAAAAUGGAUGAGCUUAAUGGGACAGCCUUUAGUUGAUCCCCAUCACAUAGUGGAGUCUGAAAAUUA